UGGUAAUUUUUUAUUUUCUGCUUGUUAUAUCAAUGAACAGUCAAAAUUCCAAACUGUCUGACUUCUUUAAGUUCACAUUUUCCAAUUCAUCAAUCACCAGACAGCAGGAAAAGGUUUUGCAUUUACUCUAAAGAUCUACGUUCAUCUUUAGAUCUCAUGCUGCCCAAGCCAACUUCUGCACAAAAAUAACCUUUUCAAUUAAGCUAACACAAGGAAAUGUGCACCAUGUGACCAAUUAAUCAUGUUCAUGUAGCUGCUGCUGAGGCUCCACCUCUGACAGACACAUAUGUGGUUGGUGUCAGCAGGUGAAGGCGGAUUUUGGCUGCUGCUGCUGUCAGACACAGCAUCUCUGCUCCCAGCCUCCGCUGAUCGCACAGCAUUUGUGUCUCAGGGCUCGAAGCGCAGGCAGAGACCAGGAUCAAGCACGGACUGUCGACUGUUUACUACAACCACAAAAUAAAACUCAUUAAGUUGGAAUUGUCUUACGAUCACCCAAGAAAAUCUGCCCGAAUUCACAACUUCGCUUGAGGGUAAACGCUAGUCGCAGCUAUGGGGAACAGCAAGAGUGGUGCCGUGUCCAAGGAAAUCCUGGAGGACCUGAAGCUCAGCACCAAGUUCUCAGAGACUGAGAUCGUCCACUGGUACGAAAACUUCAAGAAGCAGUGUCCGUCGGGCCGCAUUACCAAAGAGGAGUUUCAAAACAUCUACAGCAAGUUCUUCCCGGAAAGCGACGCCCACACGUACGCCCAGCAUGUCUUUCGUUCCUUCGACACCAACGACGAUGGCACUUUGGAUUUCAAGGAGUACAUCAUUGCCCUCCACAUGACGUCGACGGGGAAGACCACCAGGAAACUGGAAUGGGCCUUUUCGCUGUUUGACGUGGACAAAAACGGAUACAUCACCAAGUCUGAGGUCAAAGAAAUCUGUGCGUCUAUUUUCAAGCUGAUUCCCAAAGAUGAGGUGGACGACCUGCCAGAGGAUGAAAACACUCCUGAGAAGAGGGCGGAGAAACUCUGGAAAACCUUCAACAAAGGAGACAACGACCGAAUCGCAGAGGGAGAGUUUGUCCACGGACUGUUGAACAACGAGGAAGCCCUUUCUCUGAUUCAGUAUGAGCCAAUGAAAUAAAAAGUCUGACGAAGAGGACUCAUCGCCCAUCCCACUUUCAGCACCAUCCUUCAUUCUGUUAAUGCAGUGACGCCUGAACGCACCCUCACACACGCAGGAGGCGCGCCUGUAAUGCGCCAUUGCCCCACAUUGAAAUAAUCUCCAGCUUGGUUUUGUAACGUUUGAUUGUAACUGCAGAUGAAACACGAAGUUUGUAACUGAAGCAAAAGUUUUAAACUUUCUGAAGCAAGUUGACGUCUUCUUACCUGUCACCAAAAAUUAAACCAAAACUUAUGACUUUGUUUAUAUUUGAUCACUUAUUAAUGGAGACUACAAUGUUUAAGAUUAGGCUAUUUCUUCUAGAAGAAUCUGUGUUGAUCUUAGACUGCAAACAGAUGAAUUAUAACUGUUUCCCUGCAUCUGCUGAGCAUUAGUUUCAUUAUUUUAACCUUUUUAAACACUCCCAUAUGUGUAUCAUUAUAUCAUGAUUUUCAAUAUUGUCUUUUUUGUCUUUCAUGUAUAUUUAUCUGUGUUGUUCAAUCUCUACUGUCUGAUGUUAGUUUGCUAGUACAUUUGGAGAGUAGUCUUAGUUGAAGAUUUUCCUUUGUAAUAAAUUCAACACGUGAAGAUUGUAAUAAAAUUAAAAUAAAAAUAAAAACAGGUUUUUUCCCUUUUUUUAGAUUUUUGACGCUCAAAAUCAAAUCCACCGAAAUUUAAAGCAAGUUCAAGUACAAGAAAAUUUUAAAAAUAAUAAUAAAAAAUAAAUGUAUAUGUUUACUUAAUCUUUAAUUAAAGUCCCACUCUGACCAUUUUUCGAUCUACAUACUUUCAAAUCAUUCCCAGUUGUCUUUAAAUUAUUAUUAAGU